AUGUCGGACAACACAGACCCAAACACCAAGGACGGCAAGGCGGCACCUUCCGUCCUCACCUCCAAGUUUGCCAAACUCAACCCUUUCUCCAAGACGGGCGCCUCCGAUCCUGAAGGAGGCGGAGACAAUCUCGGUGAAGAAGUCGAGUUUGACUCGAUCGCCGGUGGUGGUCAUGCGGCUCGACGAACCAAGAUCACCAAAUCCGAGCUUCGAGUUAGUCACGCUCUCAGGCAGUUCCUUGUCGAUGAGAAACUCAUUUCUCCUGCCGAUGCACAGCUCGAUGACCCGCAGGCUUCGAGCUCGGAUGCGCUCAAGGCGCUUGUCGAUCAGUCCCACAUCGACGUUCCCGAAUACGUUCGCGAUCGUAGCAGACCUCUGAGCGAGUACUUUGUCAGCUCGUCGCACAACACGUACCUGCUUGCGCACCAGCUCUAUGGCACUUCGUCGGCUAUCGCGUACGAGCACGUGCUGGUAACCGGCGCGAGAUGUGUAGAGAUCGACGCUUGGGACAACGAUGACGAUCCACAGGAACCAAAAGUGACGCACGGAUACACUUUGGCCUCUCACAUCCCCUUCCGCGCCGUGUGCGAGACGAUGAAGCAAGCCAUCCAGAAGGAGGAGGAGGAAGCGCAACGAGAUCAGAGCUUCAAAGUCGCACCUGUGCUAUUGUCGCUCGAAAACCACUGCGGCCAUGCCGGCCAGCAAAGGUUGGUCGAGAUCAUGCACGAGGUAUGGGGUGACCUUCUCAUCUCCGGACCCGUCGAGAAGAACGAGCCUGCUAGCGAGCAUACCUCUGUCGAACAUCUCGGAGCCAAGAUCGCCGUCAUGGUCGAGUUCCACCUGUCCAAAGAAGCGCCUGUCGCCGAAGCGACCGAGGAAGAUGAUGCCGAGGAGAAGCUCAACAAAGCCAAGCGCAACGAAGCCAAGAAAGCAGGUAUUAUCCCCGAACUCUGCGCUCUCGGCGUCUACGCCCAAUCCGUCAAGCCGGUCAACGACUCCUGGUACACGUCCACGUUGACCAACGGUCCACACGAUCAUCUCAUCAACAUUUCCGAGACUGGUUUGAUCGAUCUUCUUCCCAAACAAGCCACGGCGAUCAAGAAGCACAAUGCGCAACAUCUCAUGCGCGUCUACCCGAAAGGCACGCGCAUCAGCAGUAAGAACCUCAACCCGGUACCGUUCUGGGGAGUCGGUGCCCAGGUGUGCGCUUUGAACUGGCAAACCUUUGAUCACAGCGUCCAGCUCAACGAAGCGCUCUUCUCCGGCUCGGACGGGUACGUCCUCAAACCACCCGGUCUGCGCAUCGAUGGUGAUGGAAACACCUCUCUCGGUCGACACAAACUUACCCUUCACAUCGCCGGUGCAACCGACCUCCCCUUACCCGCUGGCAAAGACGCCGACGAAAUCCGACCCUACGUAACCUGCACCUUGAUCCUACCCUCCGACCUCAAAUCCGAACCCCCUAAACGCAAAACCAAUGCCUACAAACAGCACAAACUCGGCAUCAUCCACAAGGGCGAACAACCCAUCCCCACCGAUCCCCUCUGGAACGAACAACUGGAAUGGGACUUCGAACACGACGAACUCGCUUUCCUCAGGAUCCUCAUCAAGAGCGACGAUAAGUUCGCUAGAAAUCCGCUCUUCGCUGUCGCAGCGGUGAGGUUGGUCUAUGCAGCGCAGGGAUGGAAGUUCAUCAGGUUGCUCGAUUUGAAAGGUAGAGAAACUCAUUCGACCUUGUUAGUCAAGUUUGAUUUGCAGAAGCUAUAG